AAAUUCCUGCCCAUAUCGAUGACAUCAUGUUAGACAAAGAGGGCAGGAGAGCCGCGGGGAGGGAUUAGCAGUUCACGCGCUCUGCCUGCACAGAAAACGCUGCACUGUGAGGUUCUAAACUCAACGCAGAGGAACUGAAGCACUUUACCCGCUGCCUGGAUAGUCUACAAACUAGAAGGAAUGCACGAGUUUCACCCUGACAGGAAGACUUUGUAAAACUCAUUUUUGCUUUCCCAUUUUUGGAGGGCGAAGAACAGUUUAAGUACGGCUCGAGAAUAGUCUCCUUAAAGGGUUUGAAGUCUCCCACUGCGAGUCCCCUCUGGAGUCCCUCCUGAUUUCAGGAUGCUCCUGAUCCUUCUCACCCCAGCCCUGUUUGCACUGAGCGUGUUGGCUGCUCUGGAUGUCCAGGUGCCCGAGGACCCUGUGGUGGCCCGGUUUGGGAGUGACGUCACCCUUAACUGCUCCUUCUCCAGCGGCUCUGCCUUCAACCUGUCGGACCUCAGCAUCUUCUGGCAUCUGACAGACACCAAGCGGCCGGUGCACAGCUUCUCCUCGGGGCAGGACCAGGACGAGGGGGGCAGUUACAGCAACCGCACCCAGCUGUACCCGGGGGAGCUGGGGUCCGGCAACGCCUCCCUCUUACUGCGCAGGGUCCAGAUCCAGGACGAGGGCAGCUUCACUUGCUUCGUGAGAAUCCGCGAGUACAACAGCGCCGCCCUGCUGCUGCAAGUGGCAGCCUCCUACUCCAAGCCACAGCUGACCCUGGAGCCAGACUCGAACCUGCGGCCGGGGGACGAAGUGUCAGUGAGUUGCCUGGCGUACGGGGGAUACCCGCAGGCCUCUGUGCUGUGGCAGGAUGGGAAGGGCGCUAACUUGACGGAGAACGUGACCACCUCGCAGGUGGCCAGCGAUGAGGGGCUGUUCAACGUGUGGAGCGUGCUGCGGGUCGUGCUGGAGCCCAACAGCACCUACAGCUGCGUGGUGAGGAACCCGGUGCUGGGAGAAGAGACCCACGCGUCGGUCACCAUCACAGGUCAGCAUAUGUCUUUCCCCCCGCUGGCGCUCUGGGUGACGGUUGGACUGGCUGUGUGCCUCCUGGGACUGCUGAUCGCCCUGGCGUACAUCUGCCGUCACAAGAUCCGUGAGAGCUGCAAAGAGGGACCCGCGGUUGAACAGGGGCAGGAAACUGAAGACGAAGAAUCUAAAACAGCAAUGCAGCCACUGAAAACAUAAGAAAAUGAAGGUGAAAGAGAAAACAUUGAUGUCAGCAAAUUAAAAUGGCUCCCGUUGUGCGCACCUCCUAUCAGACACAGCCACACGCAACUCUUUCUGCUCAAGCAUAUGCUGCACACCUGGCUUUGCUGGAGGACGUAUUUUUAAAUUUCAAGUUACAAAAAGAAAAGAAAAAAAAGAUUAUUUGAUGUAUCCCCUAAAGCUGCUGGAAGACCUACCAUCCAGGACGCCCUGCAGUGAAGAGGAGAGGUUUUCACCCAUUCUGUCCUCUACUGGAUUUGAAACCGAUUGAAAAACUUUGAAGAAGGGCUUCCAAAAGAUCCCCAUUCCCUUGAUGUUUGUCGUUGUGUUUGUAUUUCUUAAACUCUGCAUUGUUUUGUUUUUUCUGGUCUGCUCUCAUUUUAAAGUGUAUGGUUAUUAUAUUGUACUGACUGCUUAUGAGAUCUAAAGAAAGGGGAUUGCAUUUGUGAGAGAGAGUGCCCUGGAAUCUGGGAGGGAGAGCUGCCAUGUGACAUGCACCCCAUUGCAUAACUUCCACUCUGGGUGCUGAUGUACAACCAUAACUUACAUAAAGUUGCAUGGACUACCAUCUGGGCUGUGUAACCAGUUCAGCCAUGUCCAACACAGACAACAUGCUGACCUUUGAAUGCCAAUAAACCUGAAUGAUGGAAAACAGCACCCCCUAUGGGUCACUGUACCUACCACAAUUAUUGUGAAGUGACCUUUUUACUGAUGCGGCCUUGAAGCCUUUGUAUUUGCAAAUUCUGCUUCCAAUAUACUACAGUAGCUAUUACGAUUUGUGAAUAACUUCCCUAAAAAAGCCUAAAAAGACUUCAACAUGAGUUUUAAAAUUACUUAAAUUCCGCUUUAGCACGUGAUUAAAAAUACUGUCCAGCAACUGAA